AUGACCAUCGACUCUAAUUUCAUUUCUAUGCGUCAGAAUCUGGGAAAACGACUAAUCGCAUGUAUCUUCGGAGUUUACCUAAAAUCCUCAACAUCAACUAGCAUCACAUGCAGCUAUGAUGAAACAACCAGGAACAUUGUUCAAGAUUCAUAUUACUGCUCGCUCAGCCUUGACAUCGGCAUAACAACUCGAGAGCAAGCGAUGAUAACUUCACAUUCUGGAACACAUAGAACAGGCAAAGCAGAUGUUGACGUUGAAGGCAUUGAAAUUUCAUCAGAAAUUACAAAUUAUUUCCCACGUGGUUUAGAGUCUUUUUUCCCAAACAUUAAAGCUAUUAAAGUUGAUGAUUGUAAAUUGAAAGAAAUCACUCAAGCUGAUUUAAAGCCAUUCCCAAAAUUAGUCGAAAUUUCCAUCUCUUCCAAUGCACUUGAAGUCCUCGAAGAAGGUCUUUUUGAAUUCAAUCCUGACUUAGAAUACAUUUAUUUCUAUACCAACAAGAUUAUCCACAUUGAGCCGAAUAUCUUUGAGCAUUUAAGUAAGUUGCGGUACCUAUACCUUGGUUCCAAUUAUUGCAUCAGUAAAAGUGCGAAAAAUUCAAAGUCACUCGUCAAAAAACUCAUUCGAUUGACUGAAAUUCAGUGCAUUAAUUCAGACUUUUCGUCACUUAACAGCCAACUUGAUGCUCUUAAAAAUGUGUCAGUAACUUUAAAUCCCGAAGAGUUUCGUGAAAAGUUGCUGGCUUUUGAGAAAACCUUCAAUUCCUCUAAAUUUGCAAACUAUCGACCUUUAAAUUACAAAUUUGAUGCUCUUAAAAAUCCAAAAAUUGAGAAUCUCGACACUUUUGAAGCUCCUCAAAACUCUUCAAGCACCUGCCUUAAUGACUCAACUUUAGACCAAAUAACCUCAAACAUAAAUGACUUAAAAACAUUUCAAAACAGCUCAAUGGAUAGUCUCAAGUCUACUUUAGAUGAAGUUAAGACAGCACUUAAUUUAGCAUGUACAUCAGAAUCCCUUAAUAAGGUCCUGUCCAUCCAGUCCAAUCUUUUAGGCUUGCAAGGUGAAAUCAGCACCCAAAUUGAAGAUUCACAAAUCAUUGUCAAGGCAUCACUUGAUACUUUAACCUCAACUUUUAAUCUUAUUACUGCUGACCUAAGCAUGACUGUCAGUAAAAUUGAUGCAAAGAUCGAUAACCUUGAAAGCAGACUUAAUUCAAACUCGGCAGUGUCGCAAAAUGAAGACAAUUUCAAAAUAUUUGGUGAUAAGCUUGAAGCACUUCAAGCAGAUAAUGUCCAAAAGUAUGACAAAAUUGAGAAGGAACUGAUGAACAUGCGUAUUGAAAUUGAAGCAGCAAUUGAUGGGAAAAUUAAGGGAAUUGAAGAGCGACUCAUAAUUAAUAAGGAUCCUAGCAUAACAACUAAAGAGUCAGCAACAAUAACUUCAAUUUCUGGAAUUCAAAAAAGUGGAAAGACAAACUCUGAUGUUGAAGGCUUUGAUGUGUAUUCGAAAACCUGUCAUUUUUUCCCGCAUGGUUUAGAAUCUUUCUUUGAAAAUAUUAAACUUUUUCGAAUUUACAGUUGUAAUUUAAAGGAAGUCCACCAAGAAGAUUUGAAGCCAUUUCCUAAAUUAGUUGAAUUAGCUUUAUAUUAUAAUUCACUGGAAGUCCUCGAAGAUGGUCUGUUUGACUUUAAUCCUAAUUUAGAAUAUGUUCAUUUCCAAAGUAACAAAAUUGUCCACAUUGAGUCGAGGAUCUUUGAUCAUUUAAGUAAAUUAAGCUUUCUUUGGUUGAGUUCAAACACUUGCAUUGACUUAACUGCACAAAAUUCAAUUUCCCAAGUCAAAAACCUCGUCCAGAUUGCAAAUUCUCAGUGCAUAAAUUCUGAAUUUUCCUCACUUAAAGAAAAUCUUGAAAAUCUUGAAAAAGAAGCGAUAAUUUUCACUGAAAAAUUGCUGACUUUUGGACAAACUUUAAAUUCCACAAAAUUUGCUAGUUUUCGUCCUUUAAAUUAUAAAUUUGCUGCUCUUAAGGAACUUAACUUUGGGAAAACUUCAUUUAAAGCAUCAAAUUCAGCUCCGACGACAUCACAAGUUAACACAGAUUGUCUGAAUCAGGUUCUAGAAAAUCAUAAAAAUCUUUUAAGUUCUCAAGAUAAUGUCAAGUCAUCUCUUAAGGAUCUAAACUCAGCCUUGAAUGUUACAAACACUCACUUCUGCUCAUCCAUACAAACCCUUGAAACCUCAUCAAAUCAACAUACUGAAGCGAUCCUCAACAGCUUGAAAUCAACAAAAACUGACAUUCUAGGUUCCAUUGACUAUGUUUGCGCCAAAGAAUCCUUCAAAGACAUUUUAAAUUCAAGCAUAUCUAAAGUAAAUACCAAUAUUGAUGCUCUGAAGACAUCAACAAGCCAAAGAUUGACAGAACUCAAUUUAUACAUCAACACAAACCACAAAAAGUCUCAAAAUCUGUUCAAGUCAUCGCAAGACGACAUAAAAAGCUCAAUUGAUGACAUCGAAGCAACACUUAAUAGUCUCAAAUCAUCACAAACUGAUAUAAAGUCAUCAAUGAAUAAAAUUAAAAGUUCUCAAUAUGAAAUGAAAGCUACGGUCGAUGAACUGAGGAUCCAGAAAGAUGACGAUGCUGAUGAUAAGUUUAAAAUAAUUUUUGAUGAAAUUGAGAUCCUUAAAGGACAAAUCUCAGGAAUUAAGGCAGAUAUUGUGAAGGAAGUGAGCAGUAGUCGUCACAGGAUCACAGCAAUAAUCGAUGAGAAAAUUAAAGGAAUUGAGAAGCGACUUAUGAAGAAGUUUGAGGAAAUUUUGGAAAAUAAGUUGGCGAAAUUCAUUGGAAAUUGA